CACAAGCACGCACAGCCGGACUCCUUCCCUCCACCUCUGGAAUCUCCUCCUAUCUCUGCGCUCCCUGCUGCUACCUCUCCCUGCAGCUCCCGAGGCUUCCUUUCUGCUGUCCCCCUGGUUCUCAAGCACCUGUUGGACCACAGAGACAGGGGAGACGUGUGAAUGAGGGGCCGGAGGGGUGACCGGAUGACCAUCAACAUCCAGGAGCACAUGGCCAUCAACGUGUGUCCUGGCCCCAUUCGGCCCAUUCGGCAGAUCUCUGACUAUUUUCCUCGACUAGGGCCUGAGGGUGUCGGAAGUGGAGCAGACCCCCAAGCCCAGCUCUCCCCAGGGGCUGGGGCUGCAGCUACACCCAGCCUAACGCCCCUGGCUCUGUCUCCCGGGGCUGGUAUCCGAGGGGCUGGGGCCUCUGAGGAGGGGGCUGAAGUGGACAGCUAUGACUCAGAUGACACCACUGCCCUGGGCACCCUAGAAUUUGACCUUCUCUAUGACCAGGCAACCUGUACUCUCCAUUGCAGCAUCCUCAGGGCUAAGGGCCUCAAGCCCAUGGACUUCAAUGGCUUGGCUGAUCCCUACGUCAAACUGCAUCUCCUGCCAGGGGCCUGCAAGGCCAACAAACUGAAGACCAAGACUCAGAGGAACACACUGAACCCCGUGUGGAAUGAAGACUUAAUGUAUCGAGGGAUUACUGAUGAGGACAUCACCAGAAAGGUGCUCAGGAUCUCUGUCUGUGACGAGGACAAGCUGAGCCACAAUGAGUUCAUUGGGGAGACCCGGAUACCACUUCGCCGUCUCAAACCUUCCCAGAAGAAGCACUUUAAUAUCUGUCUGGAGCGACAGGUCCCGCUGGCAUCCCCUUCCUCUAUGACAGCAGCCCUGAGAGGGAUUUCCUGUUAUCUGAAAGAGCUGGAGAGAGCAGAACAGAGCCAGGGGCUGCUGGAGGAACGGGGUCGCAUCUUGCUCAGGCUCACCUACAGCUCUCACCGUCGUGGGCUGCUUGUGGGUAUUGUUCGAUGCGCCCAUCUUGCAGCCAUGGAUGUCAACGGCUACUCAGACCCCUACGUCAAGACGUACCUGAGGCCAGAUAUAGAGAAGAAAUCGAAGCACAAAACAUCUGUGAAGAAGAAAACUCUGAAUCCGGAGUUUAAUGAGGAAUUCUUCUACGAGAUGGAGCUCCCGGCUCUGGCCACGAAGACCUUAGAGGUCACGGUCUGGGACUACGACAUUGGCAAAUCUAAUGACUUCAUUGGUGGAGUGUCCUUGGGCCCCAAUUCACGGGGAGAGGCCUUGAAGCACUGGAGGGACUGCCUUCGACAAUCAGAUGUGACCCUGGAACGCUGGCACACCCUGACCAGCGAACUGCCUCCCGCUGCUGCCUCCUUUUCUACCUAAACCCCACAAAGAUCCCAGCCAACCAGCCCCACGGACACAAGCUAGUUCCUAAUAGAGAAAGCAAGAGACCAUGGGAAACCAGGGGCUUCAGUUGGGUAGCUUCCCUUCACUCUUGGAAAGUCAAGAGCUAGAAGGGGUGGGAAGAAGGAAACUAAGCUCUGUUAUUUCCCUGGGCUCAGGAAAGAGCAGAAAACUGAUUAAGCCUUUUGAGAAAGAGGCCCUCAAGAACCUUAGCAAGAGUGGGGAAGAAAGAGGGGGCAAGGAACAGCCCCUUCUUGGGGGGAGGGGGGAACCACAGGGCCAUGUGAUUGUUACUCAACUUCGCACGAGUGUGUUGCACGUUUACAUGGGGGUGGGGGUGGGAGAAGCUUCUCCCUCUCCCCCCUCAACACUUCUUGUCUUAUUUUGUGAGAUUCACUUUGUUACUGUGGGGAUGUCUUUUU